AUGUCCUCCUACAGACAGCUGUGCAGCUACCAGUACUCCACACCAUGCGAGGUGACCUGCCCACGGCCCAUCGCCAACGCCUGGAACGAGCCCUGUGUCACAUCAUGCGGUGACUCCAGGGCGGUGGUCUACCCACCCCCUGUUGUCAUCACUUUUCCUGGGCCAAUUCUCAACUCCUGCCCUCAGGAAAGUGUAGUGGGAUCCUCAGCACCAGCUGCCAUUGGGAGCUCACUUGGCUAUGGGGGAUCUUAUGGCUACAGAGGCUCUUUUGCUUAUGGGGGNCUGUAUGGCGAUGGGGGCUAUGGCUCCCUGGGCUACGGGGGUCUGUAUGGCUAUGGGAGCUCUCUUGGUUACAGGGGUCUGUACGGCUAUGGUAGACCCUAUGGCUCUGCCUAUUGCAACCCUUACUCCUACUGGCACAAUGGGUACAGCCUUGGCAGCUGUGGGCCCUGCUAA